UACAUAACUAAAGAACCAUACAAAGGAUUAGUGCUUGAAUUAUUACAACCAAAAGAAGAACCUAAAUAUACUAAAGAAGUAAACCAAGAAGUCAAAGAACCAAAAGUUAGAAUACCAAAGGAUUAUCCAGUAAAGAAAUUCUUAUUAGAAACCUGGAAAAAACAACUUAAAACAAAUAUAAUCCAAACAGAAAACCUUAUCAAGCUACAGAACCAAACAUAUUAUUCAACCUUCCUAGCAUAUUAUUAUAAAUACGAAUCAAAAGAAUUAUCUUCUCUAGAAAAAGAAGAACUUAAGAAAGCAAAAGAAAAACUAUUAACUAAACUACAAGAAGUAGGACAAGAAGUUACAGAGAUAAUCGAAGAAGAAAAAUUAACAAGAGUAUCUAUAACAAUAGCACCAGAUACUACUCCAGCACCAUAUACAAUAAAAGUAAAAGUGCCAAGAAGACAUAGAUUCAUAAGAACAAUAUCUGAAGAAGAAUUAUCUUGUCUAAUAAUUUAUAGUCACGAACUACAAGAUUACUCAACAUAUAAUCUAGCAAAUACAAGAUUAUCUGAGAAACGCCAAGAUAAUAAAACUACAAAUAUAUUAAAAAUGGCACAACCAGAAAGAAAUGAAUUAGAAAUAAAAUUUACUGAAAUGGGCAUGGAUAAUACACUAACCAUAUUUGGAAAAUUUAGUGGAAACCCAGACUUAGGAUAUACCAUGCAGCAACCUGAUUAUGAUUCAGGAGCAGACUUGCCAAAAGCAUACUGGAACAUGAAAUUCUUUAAAAGAAUAAAAUCAGUAAUAUAUACAAAAUUACAUGGAACAGCUAGAAGACUAUUAACAACAAACCCAAAUGUGAAUUGUUACUUCAGAGUAAUAGCAAAUCAAAAUGAGUUAAACAAUCUGAAAGAUUCAACCAAUUACCCAAUAACAGC